AUGCCUCGCGAAAAUCCUCCCGGCCCGGUCACCCCGGAAUUCCUGGCUGCUUCCAACAUCAAAUUCAAUAGCCACCCUACCAAUGAAGAGAAGCUGGAUAUGUAUGCUCAUUACAAAGUUGGCGGUGGCUAUGACCUCGCGACUGCGGAGCCAGUUGGGACCUUUCAAUUUGAGGAGAAGGCCAAGCGUCGUGCGUGGCAAGCUUUGGUUGACACGGGAAUCUCCGCCGAGGACGCCCAGAAGAAGUACGUCGAGAUCGUCGAGGGGUUCAAGGCGAAGUACGGUGUCCAAUCAUGA